AUGAACAACGAAGACUGGUACGAUAACAUCAAGGAAACAGUGCGUAGGGAUGUAGCAAAUAGAAGUCACGAUGAAGAGGACACCAUCCAUCGAAUGUUUGAUGGCAUCAAGACUUACUUGUCAAAGGAGUCUUCUCGCCACAUCAACCAGAAGUACUUGAUCGCCCUUCUGGAGGAGGUUGAGAUUGCUUGCAGCAAACUCUUUUCCUUCAAGUCAUCGACGAGCUCUGUUCACGCGCAACCGACAGACGAGUCCAUCGGAUAUCGUCAGGGGAGAGCGACUUUGAAACAGAAGUUCAUUGAGUUCGAUGACUUCGCCAGCCCCCUCCCUCUCAACUUUCAAAGCCCUGAGGAAGCGUUUCGUCACCUGGACAGGAUGGAGCUCAAGAAGAAGCGUCUCAGCCAAACAAACAUAAGAGCGAACCUCCCUCAUUCAGCUCCUGGACGACCAGCAACGUCGCUUGGAUUCCUAGAAGGAGAGAUCUCACAAGAGGACUUCGUUUCGAAACAAUCGCAAUCGUUCGUCCCAGCAUCAUCGACCAUCGAUUCUUGGCCGAAAAUGUCCAUCCAACAUCAUCAGACCGCUCCUCUCUCCGAGUUCCAAGACCUUCCAAAGCGGCGGAGCUACACGAGCAUGAUCCAGAAGUCUCUGGUGGUGGACGACUCGAGCCCGGUCAUCCCCGUGUACUCGAGCAUUCAGUCCAGCAAGGUCCCAGCAGACCUGGAAAAGAUCCUCAACUACAUCGACGUGGAGUUCUCCAAAAGGAAGUGUCAGGCUGACGUGUACGAUGAGUCGAGGUAUCGCAUCUUCGAUGAAGCCCUCACGCGAGUCAUCCGAACCUUCAAGAGCUGGGCGCCGCUGCUGAAGAUGAUUCAGUUGGAGCUCCAGUCUUACGUCGCCUUCCUGACCUCGGAAUGCGCGAGCCACCUCCAGGCUCGCGACCUCGCGCGGCUGUCAGAGGCAGAGCAGCGAGCGAGGAUGGUGUCCCUGAGGCAGGAGAUGAUGCAGCAGCACUUGGAGAAGGAGGCGGAGCAUGCGGAGGAGGUAGACCGACUGUCCUCGGAGAUCGCAGCAUUGCAGGAGACGGAGGUCAAGCUGCGAGAGAAGGUUGCGGAGCUGAGGAAGAUGGAUGAGGAGAACAUUCAGAAGAACAAGGACAUCAACCGGCAGCAUCAGAUGGUGCUGAAGAUGUAUGUCAAGAUGCAGAAAGACUACCAGACUGUGAUGACCACCACCGGUUCUCAAAACAUCGAAGAGUUUCUGCAGUCCUACCACAAUAUGGUGAACAUUAACAGCGUUUGGGAGUUGCAGAAUCGCUUUCAGGACGAGAAAAACGAGAUCCUGUCGUCCAAGCAAGAGGUUGUGACGAAACUGAAGGAAGCAGAAGUUGUGGUUGAGAAACUCUCGGCAUCCUUGAAAGAUUCCACUGCACACGCCUUCGAGCUCAUCACCUACAACGACUCGAUCUUGUUCUUCCUCCCCGCACAAUUCCCCGAGUGUGAAUCGUUCAAGUUCAAGAAUGGCCGCCUGCACAUCGAAGACGCGGGCAGCGGGAAGACCAAGGAGGCUACGCUCAAAGCUGCGCUGCUGUGCAUCCGGAGCGCAGUGAACGGCAUCAACGAGCGGUAUGAACGCGCGCACUCGCUGUACCUCGAGACCCUCAAGCAGCUCAUGCUGCUGACCCGGGAGACUCUCCCCGAGUGGACGGCCACCAAGAUGCUGCCGGGGCGAGGGGGAACGGAGGAUGUUCCAGCGAUACUGCAGGCAGACGGGCAGGUCAAGAACCGCAACCUGGCGUACCAGGACGUCAUGGCAGCAGCAGUCGCCACGGUAGAGGAGAUCGCGAGCCAAGAGUUGGAGGGAGACAAGUGGGAGAUACUGGAGCGAGUCGCUCUCUCCAAGGGGAACUCCAAGGCCCGACGGAGCGAGUGGGCCUACAGCUUCCUGGAUGCUCUGCGCCGGUACAAGCAGCAGAACUUCUGGGUGAGAAUGUGCCUGAGGCUCUUCGAAGGAGUGGUCUACCCGCAGGUGGUGAGGUCAAUGAGAGAUCUGUUCGAGCGCUUCAAGGAGGCUCUCAAGAUGAAGGACGCGGCCGUGAACAAGAGGGAGAGCGGGCGAGUGCCGCGGAGGCUCUUUCAGUCUGUGAUUGCUUCCUUCUUCGACCCCUCCUCCAAGAUCUUCUGCGGGCAGGUCAAGAGCCCCGAACGUCUCAAGGAGCUGCUGCGGUGCAUCGAGGCAGACUCGCGUCUCAGCUACUGGGGAGUCAGCGACAAGGAGAUCCAGUACAGCAAGCUGCUGGGGCCUGGCAAGGAGGGGGAGAGCAGCAGCUUCUGCGAGCGGUUCCUGGAGCAGCUGUACGAGGAGAGACAGGAGUACAUCAAGGACAUCGUCUUCAGCGUUCAGAGGAGCAAGCCCUUUCACAGGGACUACCUCCUCUUCGACGAAGCCUUCUUCGCGUACAGGCGCGUCGACCCCGAUGCCGGCAGAGAGCUGGUGCGCUCGAACCUCGAAGCAGUCAUGUCUCCCAACGAGCGCAUCAGCGUCGCUGAGUUCCAGGCUCGCAUGUGGCCCAUGCACCUCUACCGGCUGACGCCGCGAAGCGACGAGCGGGUGGAGCGAGCCUUGCGAUGCAGGUCAAGAGAUCUGGUGGUGGCGCUCCGUAAGAUCAGAUCGUUUCUCAUCUGCCUUAGAGUCGUGCAUAAGAUCUCUAAGGGAAGGUGA